UAAUGCUGCCCGACGACCCAUGAAGGAAAACCCUAACUCAUAUGAAGGGGAAAAAAAUUUGGGGUCGGACACUCCUCUUCCUUUUUCUUCAAGUCCCCUCUCCCACUACGUAACAUUUAAUUUUCUCUACCACUACCUUGUAUGAAUUUCAGUGAUCAAUCCUAUAAAUAGUGACGAUAAAUUCCCCAAAUUUCAUUGCCUCACACAAUUCCUUCAUAUUGCUAAAAAAAAAGCGUCUUCACCACAAAUAAUCAUUCACACAAUUGCUUCCUGGACAAGAAUAAGCUUAAACAGCUGGAAUGGUUACUUCCCACCCCACUAUCCGAUGUGAAAAGGAAUUGUAAGAUGAUUCCUUACGCUGCUGGUGUCAUUGUCCCUCUAGCUUUAACCCUUUUGUUCCGCAACGCUAAGAAAGACGAGAAACGAGGACGUCGGUGGAGAGCCAGGUCAUACCGUUAGGAACCACCGGUUCAAAGAUCCCGUCUGGGAAGACAUCUCCACUCUCCCAGAGCUCUUCGAGAUCUCGUGCAAGAACCACAGCUACAGGUUUUCCCUCGGGACCAGGAGGCUGCUCGCUAGAGAGGUCGAGACUAGCGAACACGGGAAAGUGUUUGAGAAACUUCAUUUGGUGAUUAUGAGUGCAAGACAUUCGGGCAGCCGCUUGAAGCUGUGUGUAGUUUUGCUUCUGGUUUGGUUCAGAUUGGACACAAGUCGGAGGAACGAGUCGCCAUUUUUGCGGAUAUGAGAGAAGAGUGGUUCAUUGCGUUACAGGGUUGCUUCAGGCGCAACGUCAUUGUGGUUACUAUCUAUUUAUCUUUGGGAGAGGAAGAAGCUCUUUGUCACUCGCUCAAUGAGAUAUGUUGAUUGUGUUCAUGGCAACCCACAAACAAGAAAUAUAGAGUUACAUCGUUUCUUGAAGCUGAAUCACCGGUUAAAUUUUUUUGUUGUAAUGGUAAAGUGGUUGAAUUGUAGUCCUAAACAAAAGUAUAGAUCGGAAACAGAACUAGAUGGAGAGAUAUCUUUGAAGAAGACAUUAAGCUUAAUGCCUGGCUCCGAACCAGCGUUCAAGAGAGCUGGAGACAAUUAAAAAUAAUUGCGGUGUUCAACAACAUGCAAGAAAAAAAACAAUUUCUAUAUGUCUUCAUCAUCUUUAUUGUUUAGUUGAAUAUUUUUUAGUUCCAUAAAAUAAAAAAAAUUAUUUAAAAUAUAAAAUUAACUACAUUGAUUUUUUUAACAAUAUCAUAAUUCAUUUAUAAAAACAAAAAAUAAAUAAAUUAAAUUUUUUUGUUAAAAAUAAAUAAACAAAUAGAAAAAAAACAAAGCUAUUUACUUAAUAAAAAAUAAACAAAACCGCGUUUUAAAAGUCAUAGAUUACGUCGAAGGUAUUUUCUUUACAGCUAUGCAACAACCUUAAAACAUUUGGAAUAUUUGAACUAUAAAUUACUUAAUAUACAUGUAAGUGUUCAUUUAUAAUAAAAAGAAAAGAAAAUAGAUUUAGACUAUCAAAAUUUGAAUCAACUAUCCUAUAUCAAACAUGAACUGUAACAAAAUGCAAUCAUAUAAUGCCCAAACCAAACUUGCACAUUAUAAUCAUCAUAAUCAAAUCCCCACUCUUGAGAGCUCAAAUAAGAGCAACCCACAACUAACCAACCAAUCAUAGAUUCUUAAUUAUCAAAAAACAUACAACAAAAACGAUCACCUACACCUCAUUCACCCAAUGUAAUAUGUUAUACGCUGCAAUCUAUUAAUAUACUUACAAACAAGUAAAUCAAACAUAAUUAAUCUUAACAUACAUAAUUCUUACACACACCCUAACUUUAUGUAAAACCAUAAACGCUAUUACAUACUGUUUUUACAAAAGCUUACAUAAAACACACGCAAACAAAAAAUACAAUUAUAUAGUUACAUACUUCACACAUCAUGUUUACCAAUUUCAUUUUACUUACUUCUCUUGCAAUUUGAUCAAACAAUCUUUUUACCUUUCCCACUCAACAAUUUAGCUAAAAGAAUUGAUUUCUUCAGUCAGCCUAAUAAAAUAACUUCGGUACUCUAUCAAACGGAAAUCAUAUAGCCGUAAAGGUUUCUCUUAUGAUCCAUGGGUUUAACAAGGUUUCUCUAUUGUGUUUGAUUUUGAUCAAUUUAAUUUAUAAUACUCAAGAUUUAAAUUUAGAGAAGUGUUAAAAGUAUUAUAACACUAUAAAAAUUUCAACUCUGAAUCAAAUCAGCGAUUAUACUGAAUAUGUUCACAUAUCGUUUUUAGUUAUAUAACUAAAAUUUGAUGUAGACAACACUGAUUGUUUAACAUAAUCACACUCAUAACUAAAUGAAAAUAAAAAAAAAUUUACACACAAAUUAUAUCACUGAUAAAAACUAAUACAUCACAUCAUACGGGUAGCACGGACCACCAUAGGUAAACAAAAUUCUCAACACUCAAUUUCUUUCUCUAUAACUAUGACUUUCAAAAUUUCCCAUCAAAAUCACUUAAAUGGUGCAAGUGUGUAAGGCAUAAAGUUGUAAGCUAGAAAAAACCAGUGAAUAUACACACUUUCUUGAAGAUUGAUUUAAGAAGAUAGGCUAAAAAAGUUCAUAUAAACCCCACUCAAUAAGUAUUUAUAUUUAGUUAUAUCUUUAUUAGUCAGUCCGUUUACAUUUCCAAAUAGUACUUAAGCUAUUCGUCUACACAAGAAAUAUACACACAUUGCAUUUUUCAAUAAAUAAUAUUUGAAUUCUUAAUAGUAACUAAAUAUAGAAUUCUUAAUGGUAACUAAAUAUCUGACUUUCUUUCAAAAGUGUUGCAACAGUUCUAAUAAUAACUUUCUCAUCUUAAAUAAAUUGCAACAUCAUCAAACGACUAAUACAAAAUCACCACACCAUUGUAAACUACUACAAAUGGAAUUAUCUUUCAUAAGUAAUAUUUUUGGAUCAAAACUCUUAAGUGCGAACGUAAAAUUAGUUUUUAAACAAGAAGAUAAACACUGUUCGGCAUAAUAAAAUUGUUUUUAUUAUAACUUUCCGUCCGUAGGGCGGGCCGACCCUAGUAUAAGUUAAAGUAUAAAACUUGAGGUUUUCGGAUUGGUUCUAGUUCAAAUGGAUUUAUACCUAAAAUACCCAAAAUUUAAAUGGGUAUAUCCCAAAAGACCCAUAUUUUUUUUGAGCUUAUAAAACUAAAUCUAAACUCAGUAGUUUUUAGGACUGAGCAGAUUUGGGCCGUGUACUUCGGCUCUACUCGACAUGUCUAACCGUAUAUAUAUUCCUAGAUCCCUUGCAUAGUAUACAUGCCAAUGACAGUAGUAAUAAUAAUAAUUAUAUGGUUUAAUACGAGUGAUAAUCUUAGGAAGAGUCCAUGUGUAAACGACCUGACAAAUUUGGUGCGAAACAAUUAUUUUUCGUACUAUUUAAAGAAGAGACACUUCGCUUCACUUCACUUAAUAAGUGCUCCAAUCAUUAUUCCAGCGAUGAUGAAAGCAAACCAGAAAGCGAAACCACACGCGCCACCGCGUCCUCUCUUCUCCUGCGGCUUCUUCCGCCGCUGCACACAGUCCGUCCUCAGUCCAACCUCUCCUCACCGUAAGCCAACCACCACCCCUUCCUCCUCUUCAUCCUCAUCAACCUCCACCUCUCAAAGCUUCACUCAAUGGCGUUUCCCGCAUCACGCUGACCAAACUCCAUCCACCGUCACUCUUCCUCCCACUCCUCCCCCUCCGCCGCCUCUUCCGGUCGCCACCACUCUCCAAGAAACGUUCCAGAUCGCUGAGCUUCACCUCGCAUCCGUCUCCCAGUCCGACAAGCUCCUCGCUCUCCAGCUGCUCGAGCGAGUCGUCGUACCCGACCCGCCGUCGAAUCCGACUUGCCCGCCGGGUCUCAUGCGAGGCCUCGUCUCUUGCCUCCGCAGCAACAACAUCGUAACCGCCAAAUACGUCACCAAGAUCCUCCUCGCGCUCUGCCUCGCCGAAGGUAACCGACAAGUGGCGGUCGAGGCGGGAGCCGCUCGAGCGGUGGUGGAGACUGCGGCGGGGUUAGAGAUCUCUGCGGUGGAACGCGCCUUAGCUGCGCUUGAGCUCAUGUGCACGACGGCGGAAGGUGCGGCGGAGGUUCGUGGCCACGCGAUGACGGUGCCGGCCAUGGUGGCGGUGAUGGCGAGGCUGACCGGGAGGGGGAGGGAAAACGCCAUAAGCAUACUUGCGGUUGUAUACGGAAGAGGAGGAGUUGACGGCGAAGAGAUUGCGGUGGCGCCGGCGGAGGAAGUGGCGAGGGCGGUGGCUCUGGCGCUUGAAGGAGAGUGUACGGCGAGAGGGAGAAGAAAAGGGGCUCACCUGUUGAAGACCCUUGAGGAAUAUGGACGGUUAGAUCUGAGUCAGAAUGGGUCAUGAGAAAAAAUAAAAUCUAACGGCUGAGAUUAUGUCAGAUAAAAUAAUUCUGAAAGCUAGUUUGAUGUCACGGGCUUGUUGUUCUUUUGUUAAAGAAGUGUGGGCCUCGGCCUCUGUCUCCCCCUUUCUAUGUGCAUAAUAAUGCAUAAUAUGAAUUGUUUUUCCUAAAUAAGUUUUCAACGACGAAAUUAAAUUACUAGAAUUUACUGCUGAAUAUAAAGUUCCA